AGGAGAUCUACAUUUAGCGUCGGCCGACAAACACCAGGAAGGGAAGGGGGACGGAAAUGAGAGGGGGGUGUCUAAAGAGGAAAACCCUCUCCCUUUAAGAGCAAGUGGGACAUAGCGGUGCGAGAAAAGGAGAGGAGGGGGAGAAGAAAGAGGAAUUAAAAAAGAAAAGGAAGAAAGAGACAGGGAGGGAGGAGGGAGAGCGGGCGAUAAAAAAAGAAAGAUGACAUCCUCGCAGCUGAGCGGCCGAGGUGGAGCGAUAGGCUGCGGCCGGCCGAGAGCGCCUCUCUCCGGGGUCAGAGCGUGAACCAACAGCGAGGCUUCGACAAACACCCGAUUGGCCUAUUGGGGGGAAAUCGGAAAAAAUAGAUUCAUAAAUUAAAAACAAAGCAUGACCUGCUGUGCUGCCAGAUACGUGUGUUAUAACCCUUUUUUGUUCUCUUGCGUGAAAAACAUUUAUUUUAGUAUGUUUUUAGCGAAAGUGUGAUAGUGUAAUAUGCGAUUUUUGUUGUUUUUACCAAGCAGUUUUGUUGUGUGCGUUUUAGUGAGAUUAGUGUGCAGGGGAAUUAAAGUUAGAAACCAAAGUGAAAAGAGAAACAGGCCAUUAUUGUUGGACCUGGCCUGCUCCACUACUGCCUGUGUGCUGCAGCCUGAGUUAGUCAACAGCUGCGUGCAUUUUAAUGGCCAGCAUUAGGCUACCUCAAUGAGAAAAACAUAUUUUUGCAGACGACUUUAUCCACGUUUUUCACGCAAAUCCAGAAGCCCGUGGUUUCUGCUGCAGGACAGGCGACUGUGUGCGCCUCGAUCUCCGGUGGGCCGAUCAAAACCAUGCGAAGGCAGACCUGCCCGAUUUCAAUCAGGACUUUAUAAUCUCCAUCGCUGUGGCGCAAAAUGGAUGCUGCUUGGAGCAAUUUUCUCUUCCAGAAUACUCCCACCCAAAACCAAGUGGAGGGGAGCCUCCAAUCAGAGCUCAUGCAAGUGCAUACGAGUUCUCCCCAAACCCCACCCACAGAGCACAUAGCACAGCCUCCUUCAACUGUGGACACUGCUGCUCUCAAUGAGGAACCCCUGCCUGGUGAGGGACACUGCACUACAUCCUACACCUGUGGAGCUGACAACAUGAAGCCCGUGUCCCGGCCCGGCCGCGUGCCCCACAUCUGUGCCAUCUGCAACAAGCAGUUCAAGAACAACUACAAUCUGCGGCGGCACCAGUCGGUCCACACCGGGGUACGCAUGAAGGACAGGGCCAGAGAGCAGGCGGAGGGGGCAAAGGAGGGCGCCGCGGCCCCGUCGGCGAUGGCGGGGGGGGCCGGAGGGAGGGUGGAGAGGACCACUGUUCCCCUCUCCCUGCUACACCUCUCCGCUCCUCCCCCUCUCGCCCCUCCCGGCGUGCUGGCGUGGUCCCUGCAGAUCCCUCUGGGUAGUCAGGAUGGUGAAGGGGGGGCCAUGGCUAACGUAAUGGCUAGUGUUAACCCCCACGCUCCGCCUCCUGCUGCUGUCGUCAUGGCCACAGGGGCGACAGUACAGCGACCCUCAAAUCCCAACCCAAACCCAGUAAGGAAAAACCAUGCCUGCGAGACGUGCGGGAAGGCUUUCCGUGACGUUUACCACCUCAACCGCCACCGCCUGUCCCACUCUGACGAGAAGCCGUUCUCCUGUCACAUCUGCCAGCAGCGCUUCAAGAGGAAGGACCGCAUGAGCCACCAUGUGCGAUCCCACCAGGGAGGCGUGGAGAAACCCUACGUCUGCCCCCACUGUGGCAAAGCUUUCUCCAGGCCUGACCAUCUGAACAGUCACGUCAGACAGGUGCACUCGUCGGAGCGACCCUUCAAAUGCCCGGUGAGUCAGACUUGUGAGUCCAGUUUUGCCACGAAGGAUCGUUUGCGUGCGCACAUGAUUCGCCACGAGGAGAAGGUCCCCUGCCACAUCUGUGGGAAGCUGCUGUCCGCUGCAUACAUCACAGAUCACAUGAGGGUGCAUAACCAGUCCCAGCAUCACGCUUGCCACCUCUGUAACCGCAGCUUCACCACGCUGACCUACCUUCGUGUCCACGCCCAGAAGCACCACGGCCAGGAGUGGAAGGAUAGUCCGGGGGGCUUCGGUGGCUCGGCCUCCGGCGGCAUUCUCGUCUGCCACUUGUGCGGCAUCCACUGCAAGACGCCCACCCAGCUCCAGGGGCACAUGGGCACCCAUGGCAACAACCAGGGUGUCCCGAGCCCCAUCACCUCCAAUGUGGCUGCCAGCAGCUCCGUCUCCCUUGGCAACAUGGUGACGGUGCCAACUGUUUAUGUCACAGGCAACACGGUGGUGGACCUGCUUGUCACAGACUGCUCGAGCAUCGCAGCGCCACAGUCCCACAGUUAGCAGCAAUAAUAACCUCAAACCUUUAACAGAGGGCAGGGUUAGAAAAGGUCAAAGUUACAGGUAGAUGUUUGUAAUGUCCCCACUUAUAGGUAAGGAUUAAAAGGUGGGGGGGAUUAAGUCCAGUCAAGGGCAGUAUCACCUCAGAGCUGCAGAGCAUCGGAGGAAAGUGGACGGUAUUAAUAGCAAUGAAUUCACGAAAAAAAUAUACCUUUGUGGCAGUAGCAAGGUUCAUUGACACUAACGACAAACAUGGAUGUGCAGUGUUUCCCCUAGGUUUACUGCUUUGGGGGGGGGUGCUGUCUGAGCGUGGGGGGGAUUUUUUAAAAUCCUCCGGAGCCGAGAGAGGAGCUGUGGAUUAUUGUUAUUGAUUAAUGCAUCAGUGUUUCUUAGGGUCAAAAACACUAAACUCACAACUUAAAAGGAAAGCGUUCAGUUUAUUUAAUAAAAGAGCACAUGUUCAAUGUGAAAAGUGACGGUAGAUAUAGAUUAGUUGCAAUUUGGUGCUAUAUAUAUAAAAAAAAGAAAUGUAUACUUUUUUUUUUUAAAACACCUUGAAUUUCAGGGGGGGCGUGGGGCUCCGUUGGCGGGGUGCAGCCCCCCUCCAAGACAAUGGUAGGGGAAACACUGAUGUGUUGUCCAAAUAUUCCUGGGUGCUCUUGUGCUUUUGAGACUCCAAUGAAACUGUGGCAUUGUGAGCAUCUACUGUAUUACUCUCUCCUCUCUGCCCCCCCUCUCUCUUUGUCCCCUUUCCCUAAACCCUGGCAUUGGCUGCUCUCUACAAGUGCACCAAGUACUGUAUAUCUCACACCAGCUCUGAUCUUACCUCCAUUUUGCAGCUCACUUACCAAGAAUCCAAAUGGCUUGCGUUAAGAAGUAGUAUGGAGAGAAUAGCUCUCGUAACAAACAAACCAGUAGAAAGGAAAGUUGUGUGUUUGGGUGUGCGUGUGUAAGUCAGGGUUCGUCUAGCAUGUUAGCUUGUUUGUUCACAAAAACUAAAAAAAUCAACAUUUGAUUUUGCAAAGCUGCAAUGGCAGAUUAUUAAGUCUCUCGAGGGCUGUUUGAUCAGGACAGGAGGCCAUACGUGUUGCGGUGGGUAUGGAAUUAUGGGAUGUACUUGUUCAUUUGUUUCUAAAGGUACAGAAAUAGGAAUAGGGUUUGCGUUCAGGAGUGUCAAGCACCUUAAAUCGUUAUUGUUUGAUUCAGCGAGGAUCAAAAUGGGUUUGAGAUUUAUUGGAUUUUUCUUGCUCUUGAGUCUUCCUCUCUCGGUCUGGCCAUUUAAAAAAAAAAAAAGACAAAAAAAGAAACAUAAAUGCUAACCAACACUUCAGCUUCUGACAUGGCAAUUCUUGCACCAGAAAACUACCGUUUGCAUGAGAAUAAGCUAGCUCAGUCAUGCUAAUUAUUAGGGAGCUGUCAUGACAAAAUAAACAGUUUUGCAGUUCCACCUAGUUGGCUGUAAAACAAUAAUAUUUAUAAAAGUGUUGAUUUUUAUUCAGAACAUUUUAACAUUGUCGGCCAUUCAUUUGAUUGUAACUGUCAUUGCCAUAGUCCGUCUUUGUUUUCUCUAUGUAUCAGUCCAAUGAGUGAAACUUAUGCAUUAGAUUUAGUCAUUUAACUCUGUAUAGCACAUAACGCUCUGAACGCAAGUCAUUCGUUCUACAUUAAUCACGUAAAGAAUGGUAAUUUGUCCCGUUGGAUAUCUUUGGUUGCUUUCAGUUGUAUUGUGAGUGACGUGGUGUUGAGGAAAGGGCUUAUAAAGUCAGAAGUACAACGCGAGUUCGAUAACACCACUUGGUAUGCUGUAAACAUUUCCUGGUUUUGUACUGGAGUGCUUUCUCAGUUUUGUGUUAUUAUGUUACCUUAAAAUUCGUAGAGUUGUUUCUUUCUUCCUUUUUGUUUUCUUUUGGAAAUGUGUUGUUCCUGUUGAGAAAAAGUAUUGAUUGAUUAAAAAGUUAAUUUUAGAUUUUCCUCCAUAACACUAAGAAAAAAAUAAUACCUCUACCCUAGAUUCUGUACAGCUAUUGUUAUACAUCUUAAUGCCUUAUCGUACUCAACUGCAUUUUAAUUAUUUUAUGAUGAAAUAUUUCAAAUCUUAGUCAUGAAUUCAUUAAGAAUAUUAAUGGGAUGUAUUUAUAUUUAUAUUUUUAUAUUUCUCAACAGUAUGCAUGUCUAAAAGGUUGUUAGAGCAAAAAAAACGACGAUGCUUAAUACAGUCAUAGAUAUUAUGUUAUUUUGUAGAUGAAGUAGAGACCAUGUUAUUAUUUUGUUAUUUGGACAAUUUAAAGUAAAAAGAGUAAACGGGCUUUGUGUUGUGUGUUUGAUCUUUUCACCUACUGCUCUGACAUUUAUACCUGAAGCGUCAUCCGUAACACUUACAGAACACAGCUUUAGCAUAACAUUAGCAUACUGACUGUUUCAGUGGAAAUGUUUCCUAUUGUUAACUUCCCAAAUGUGGAAAAUGUGACUUCACGUAAACAUAACUCAACAGAAUGUUUCCCAGCAAUACAAACAAAAAAGUUUAUAUUAACUGGAAGGUGUCUGCCUCUCCUCAUCAUCACCAUCAUCAUCAUCAUCAUCAUCAACGUGUGAUAAAUGCAUUCAAUAUUUUCCGUCAAGAAAUUCCUGACAAAGUUGUUACAUGGCUAUUAAAUUAGUUGACAGAA